CUUUAUUUACGAUGUAACCAAAUAGACCAAGUCAGAGGUUAUUCCAGGAAUAUGGGAUGUGGGGCCUCUUCUCAGAAGGAAGAACAACCAACUCCUACCAAUAAAAGGAAACAGGAACAAGAUUUCCAAUCAUUGAAUGGACCUUCACCAGUUGAAGACUCACAAGAUUACUCUCCAACUCCAGAAACAGAUCUUCAAAGGGAGUUGUCCCGGAAUGGUACUGAGAAGAACUCUCCUGGUAGAAGUCCUAAAUCAACUCCGAGAAAAGCCAAGCCUCCAUCAAUGAGAUCUAGAGAAAAGUCACACGAAAAUGGUGAAGUAGCGGAUUCUGAGGCUCACGAAAAAGGUUAUAAGAGAAUGGUUCGUCAGAAGAUGAUUGAUGCUACCAGUGGACAUGAUCUACAGGAACUCCAUAAAACCAUCGAGAAUUUUGAGAAGCAGAAGUUAGAUGAUUGUGGUGAUCUGAGAAGGGCUAAGGAAAAACUACAAUAUUUAACACUGAAACGAGAUUUAAGAGAUGCAAUAAGAAGACGACAUGCCGGAGUUUUGGAGAAAUCAAUCCAGGAUGCCAAGAAUUCCAAAUUUGCUGAUAAAUUAACUAAUCAGAUACAAGUUGCUGAGAAGUUACAGAGGCAUUUACAGGAACUAAAGAAUUGUGCUCAUGAUAUUUGCAAAAUGGAACAAACCACAAUAUCUGAACUACGCAGCUAUCAUCAUCCCCCGCCAUGUGUUCAUGACGUCAUGGCAGCUACCUACAUGCUGAUGGGAUAUUCCGAGGAUAGGCUUGGAGACUGGAAUGAGAUUCAAGCUUACCUCGGCCAGCUCACUCGAGAUAAACUCAUCAGACAGAUUGGUGAAUUCGAUACUAAACAUGUGAAUGAGAUUACAGCAAGUCGUGUUAAAUCUAUCCUCCAAGCCUACACACUGGAAGAAGUUAAAGAUGCUAGCUAUGGUGCUGCUACAUUCUACGUUUGGGCUGAUAACAUGGUAGCUAAGAUAGAAAAAGACAAGGAAAGUGAAUACGAUAGAGAACAAACGGAAGUCGGGGGUUCAGCAACAUCUAAAGGAGGAGGCAGUGUCAAGAAAAAGGGCUGAAAUCAGCGAAAUCAAAUCAUUUUUCAUUAUAUUUGGCUUCAUUUAUCAUUCUAUAUCACCAAAUAUCCAGAGAAAAUCUUGCAAAAUGUUUACAUGGACUUGAAACACCAUCAAAUUUCAAUAAUAUUUACAGAUUGUUUGAUGCAAAAUGUUUAAACAAACUAAUAAUAAUAUAUAAUAUAACUUAAUUUAGCUUGUGUAAACAUUUUACCAUUCAGAAUCCAGAGUGUUUACAUGGAAUUCUCCAAAUGUUUACACAAACACGAUAUACUAAUAUAAAAUAUGGAAGUAACUAAUAAGAUAUAUAAGAUAAUGACCAUCUAAGCGUUAUGUGAUGCAAACUGUGUUUACACAAACUUUUUCUAAGGUAUAUACAAUAAUGAACGCAGGAUUAUUCAAAAUGUUUACACAAAAGUAUGGUAAUUUCAUAUUGUAUAUCAUAAGGGAUUCCAAGUGUUUAUCAAAAAUAUACAAAAUUUUUACAAAAAAUAUGAUAUACCAUUUAAAUUAAUUUAAAAAAACGGAAUUCGUUAUAUUACUUAAUACUGUAUAUCAAACGAAAUCCAGGGUGUUUACAAAGAAUACAAAAUAUUUACUACGAAACUGGAAUUGUCUGUAUCAUGUUCCACUGUAUGUAACAAGGGAUUCGGGGUGUUUACCAAGAAUAUACAAAAUGUUUACUCAAUAAUGAUGUUUACUUAAAAAGGUUCAGUGGCAUUGAAAUAGAACUGUUCCUUCUUGUUGAGCGAUCGAGUUUAGAGCUAAUUCUCAAAUGACAUUUAGUAAAGGUGUUUGAAUAUCGAUAAUACAAUCCGUAUGAAGUACAAUUACUGAUGAUUUAAUUGACCUUUUCAAUAAAUAAAAAAUCAGUAAUGAAACGUCGCUAAAAUAAAAAUCAGUACUUGUUCUCCAAACAAUUUGUGUUAUCUAUAUGAGUUUACAAAUAUUUGACAAAUCGUUUACACAAAAAUAAUACACACUAUUUGCAAUUGCUCUUUCAUGUUAUAUCAACAUUUAGUCAAAGUUUCUUUGAAUGACAUUUAGUAAUCGUCAUGAAUAAGAAAUAAAAUAC